AUGACAUAGAUUAUGCUGAAGUAAAUAUCGAUGAUAUUAAUCAACAACACUGCCUGAAUGAUCCUAGCGGAGGAAUGACUGAGAUUCAUGAUGACGUUUCGACAGAGGAAGACGAAUUCCUUAGUGACCCUGAUUCUGAUGCAGAUGCAGAUGGUGAUAAUGAGUACAAUUCAUAUGAAUCAGACUAAAUUCAUCUAUAUACUAAAGAAGUUUGGAGUUGUAUAUUUCUUUUAUUACUCAAUGAGGGGACGUGGAAGGGUUAGCAAGCCCAGAGGACGGGUUCAACUUCCUGCAAGUGCAAGUCAAGAGGACGCGAAUACAGAUGACGGACAAGAGCAUGAGGCGCAUAUACCACGGGCACCGACGGGAUUUGGGGAUACGGAACUUCAGAUAUGGGUACCACUUGCAUCCAGUGUACAACCAUCUCAUAUAGAUCGAUCAUAUACACCAGUUACACCAUCUGCCGAUGCACAGCUUCCCCGUCCCCUUCCACCACCUCACCGUCACAGUUUACAUCCUCACCACACUACUGCAGCUCCACGACCACCGGUAUCACAUACACAUUCACCUCAUUCUGCAUCCCCUUCUGGUACUGCAUCCGCUAGAGGGACAGGAUCUGCAUCAGCAUCUACUCCAUCAUCUGCUCCUGCAUCUGCUCCAGCAUAA